UUGGCUACGUAGUUCAUGUGCGUGUUUUGUACACAUAGAGGCGCUAGUGGACGGAAAGACCUGGAAAGACCUAAGGGACCCUCAACAACUCUCUCAACUCAAGAGAUCCUCUUGCAGUGCAAAAUGACGUGUGACACAUGGUUAAGGAUUAUUCAGAAUGCUAGAAAAACAGCGGUCAUUGAAGAUGGAAAGAGGAAAGUUCAUUUUUUAUUUGAAGAUGGAAAAGAAAUGGUAGAAGAAUACAACACAGAUACAAAUAUAGUCGUACGACGAAUAUGGAAAGAGAAAAAUAGUUUUGGUACAAAGCUUGGAUGGACAGUAGAGAUCGGAGAGCCUGAACUUAAACAGAACAAUAUAGAAAUAUGUGGGAUAGAAGAAAGUUCAAAUACACCAUUUAUUACAAGAAGAAUUACAAAAACAUCUUUGGAAUGGCGAAUCAGAAAUUUACCAUAUCCUGAAAGCGUGUAUUCUGUUACUGCGGAACCUGAUGGCACUAUGACUGUACGUACAAGCAACAAGAAAUAUUUCAAAAAGAUAAAGAUCCCAGAUCUCGAGAGGAUUGGAUUGAAGCCAGAGCAGCAAAGGAUAUCAUUUCAUCAUCAGUACAAUACUUUAAUUAUAAUGUACAAAAAGCCUCCUCAACUUUUCGAUGUGGAGAAGAAAGUACUAACCAUCGUUUUGAAACUGAAUACGGACUCUAAGGAUGUGCAGUGUCCAACCAGUUAAUGAAAUGUAUUAUGACUAAUUCUUAAAUUUCUUGUUUUCAGUCUAAUAAUUGUGUUAAUGCAUAAUUUGCAACAAAUGCGAUUAAUCAUUUAUUAUUUAAAAUUUGUAUGAAGAUUUUUGUGAUUAAAAUCUUUCAGCCUUUCGACUACUGUGAUGAAAGAAAAAUAAGUCGUAUUAGAAUUCUUAAAUAUAUCUGUCAAUAAGUUGAAUCUAUUUGAAUUUUUUGAGGUUACAUAUAGCUUAUCAGAACUCGUAUAAUUCUCUCAUUGCAACUUUUAUCUUGUAUAACGUUUAUAAAUAUAAUAUUAGUGUUCUAAUUAAAAUUUACCGAAUAAAUGAAUAGUGAACACAAA